GCUAUAGAGUGGCGUUUUGGUUGAGUGCGUGGCUUUGUUAAUCAUAUUGAUUUGAUGGAAGUAUAUAAAAGUAUGUAUCAGAUAUGAUACAAACGGCAAUAAAGGGUUAAACAACCUUUUUUUUGUCUCCUUUAAUCUCUUGUUUUAUCUUUGCAGGGUCAUCAGGAAACAUCAGCAUGAAUUUCAUCUGUUUUCUGGCAGCCUCACAGGGGUCUCCAGUUAGCUGCACUUUUCAUUUAAAAAAAAUAGUUGAUAUAUUAUUUUUUAUUUAAAAAUGACUAAUAGCCCUGUAAUACAUAUUGAAAUAGCUAAUAUUGGGUUAACUUCAAUAAUUUAACAAUUCAAAAAAUGCAGCCUACAUAAAACUCUGUUAUAGUUCAGCUGUGCAGGUCAAAAUUAUGUGUAAAAAAGACACCAGAAGACAAAAUUACAGGACACUGGUGUUGAAAUACUCCUACCGUCACACACAGACCUGUAAACACAAUUAGGACACCACCUUCCUCAAACUCUCACAUUUCUAAUAACCUCCGUUUACCGUGACUCGUUGAACCUGCAGCUGUCCUGUCUGCGCAUGUCCUCUGCCUCCUGCCCCGAUAAUGAUGCUCAGACUGGUGCCUGCCGCUGGACGAUGCUAGAGGAGGAGGAGAAGGAGGAGGAGGAAGAGGAGGAGGAGGUUUAGCUCUUGCUGCUCCACCCUCACUCAGCAGUGCACACUUUAAAUGUUUAGGCUCUGAAUUAGACGGGGGUCAUUUGGACGGUUCUUUUGUGGAGUACCUCGUCGGACGUUCGAGACCCUGACUCUUCAAGUCCUCAGCUCCCCUAAAACCCCAUUUCUCAGCUGUAUGUAAGUAUGUUUAACUACUAAAGAGAGAGAGAGAGAGAGAGAAGGAGUCACUUCACCGGUAAUGAUGCUGUUGUGCACUUGUCAACCUCUAACUUGAACUGUGUUUGUGGAGGAUGAAUGAAGUUUGAAGAACAAGAUGCUCAAAAACGUUAAAACUCUGUGAGAAAAUGUUAAUAAACAUGUUUUUUAACUGACAUUCAUACGACAGUUGUGUGUAAGAGCUGCUUUUGACCACAGUGAGAAUACUGUUGCUUUCACUGCACUGUGCUGCAGCUAAAAAGGAAGUUAGGUCUGAAUAAUAGGCUAUCUGAAAAAGAUGCAGGCACGACUCUAACCAUGGAGUUUCCUGUUUCCCAAAUAUGGUUGUAUAGAGCCGCUUGUCUGUCACACUGUUGUGACUGUUGACUUUACAGGACUGAGCUGUGACAGUUUCUGCAGACACGGGUGAAAACUAUCACCCGUUCAGUCUAACUUUUACACGUCUAUAAUGUAGAUUUAAAGUAUUUAUAAUUGCUUUGAAUUCAUCACCAAAACAUGAUUUCAAAAAGUCAAAGUAGAGUUUUUUUUAAAUCAUCAAUGCAUCUCUAAAUGACGAAGAAAUCUUGAGUUUAAAGGGGUUGUACUUCAUUAUUUCCGUACUUUAAAGUGACAGCUCUGUAUUAAAAAAUACUACACUGAAACACAUCGUCUUCAAUCUUCAUAAUUCAAUCGUUUUUGUGGAUUAACCCCAAUUACUUCUAUUCAAACUGAAUAUGACAGGUCUAUUAGCGAGAUGAUAACAGGAUGAUUGUUUGUGAGGCAGCCAAGAGAGGAAAUGAGUCCAAUCCUUCACAGGCCCCUCAGGCCAACUUUCACCCAUAAAUAGAAAGGUCACCGAGUGUCCUGUGUGACAUUCCUGCUGGUUUAUUAUUAUUACUGUAUCAUAUGAAUAUUUUAAAAACAUAGAUUUACACUGACUCCUAGUGUUCGCCUGACAGCACCGUGAGACUUCUCCAAGUUUACUCUACAGUCAGUGUCAGUUUGUGUGUCGCACCUGUUCCUUCUUAGUAAGGUUUUUCUCAUACAGGGGUAGUUUGGUCUCACAACUAAAGUUCUCAUGUGAUGAUGGCCGUCAUCCUUUAAGUAUCCAGUGUGUUUCUAUCAACGUGCUAUCCUGUCAACCCCACCGCAGAUAGAUGUCUCCUAAAUUCACUGGCUGAGCACCUAGCUGUGUUGACACUACUUAAAAAGAGAGAAGAGGCCUCAGUGAGGUAUUAACCGAAAUCGUGAGGGAAGUUAAAGGGACUGAGGAGGGAGAUGUGGAUUGGGAAGGGAGUGUCAGGAAAAGUCUGUUUACUUUUAUCUUCGGAAAUAAGAGAUCAUCAAAACAUCAGCUGCUCGGCACGUUUUCUUAGACCUAUCCACCUUCUUCAAAGAUUUCUACAAAUGCAAAGUGUCUGUCUCCAUCUCUAGUGAAUAUUUACCUAACAUCUUUCAUUGGUCUAUGGGUGGUUUGGUUUGGCUGGUCCCUGGGGUACAUUUUUAGGUUUUUCUCAGGAGGCUCAGUGGCUGUUUUACAUAGUUCCCACUCGAAUAAAGCGUGUGCCAGUCUCAGUGUUCUCAGAUAUACAGCAAGGGGGAUAACAGCCUGUGAACAGGAUCGACUCAGCGUCUGUAAUCCAUGCAUCACUGAGUUUUACCCUCAGGAGUUCAGAGGCUAAUCCAGUUUGACUCAUCAUGAUAUGGUUUAAGCACGGUGUAAGACUCACUGAAGCAAUUUUGCAUGCUGGUAAAUCUUGGGUAAUUUGUUUGAAAAGUACAUUUCCAACUUAUUUUUACAAAAUAAGAACAUAAAGAAUAAGACUCCUUUCCUUUACUCCUUAUUUGAGGUUUCUAGCAGCUCUCUCUGCAGGUAUCACUCCUCCUUGACCCUGACUCUUGCUCCUAAUUUCAGCCUAAUGCAUCUUAAAAUUAUUGCAGAUAGAGGCCUGUGUGAAGCGUGGUUUUUAAAAACCCCUUGCCCCCCUCAGGCUCUGCCUAGCUGUUAUCAUUUUGGAGUAAACGACAAGCCAGCAAGAGACAUACUAUUCCCUAUAUGGGCUUUGUUUGGGAGUUCACUUGCCUUGCUGUUUAGGUCCGCAGAAAAGAGUCCUGCUCCAGAGAAGGAGCCCUUAUAUGGUCAUCACAGCACGAGACUGGAGCCUCCUAGCAGGAGACUGGGAGAGAAAGAUGGAGGAGGAAAGACACAGAAGAAAUGGAUGUCGUCAAUUAAGUACCCACUUAGUAUUGGGGUAGAAGUAAUUGAGAGUGAGCAGUAAUGCCUUUGAGAAACUGCACUUGUCUCUGCAGUUGAGCUGAUAAAUAUCCAUUUCCCAGCCUUAAUCUUGCCAUCUAAACCAGAGAGGUAAACUGUUCGUGCAUCUCCCUCGUGGGGUCUGUGAGGGUCCGGGGUCGAGAGUGGGUGGGAAUGACUGCACACUGGAACUUCCCGAUGGACAAAACAUGUUAACUCUUUGAGUUACAGUCACAGAAAGAAGAUAAUGUUAGCAGCUUGACCUUUCCACCAAAGACUGAUCACUUACUGCAACAUAUUUUAACCUGUUUCUCAGUCCUAAAAGAAACAGAAGUAAACAUGAAGCAUCUAUAAUGUGCAUUAGAAACUUUGCUCUAAAACACUGUGAUCAUAACUGCUGCAUCACUGUAGUUUCAUUUCCUUCCUCUCAACCUUCCUUUGUUCCCUCUUGUGAAGGUUUUUGCAUCCUUGGUUUCUUCCUUUCUUUACUUCCUUCUCUGCCACCUCUCCUCUACCUUUCGCUUGCUGUCUAAUCGACUCUUUUACAACAUACAAAUAAUUUAUUCUCACCAACAGUUGGCCCUCCACCUCAACCCAAGAUGUCCAAGAAGGCCCCAAGCGACGAUGAGAAGUUCCUCUAUGUAGACAAAGACUUGCUGAACAGCCCCAUGGCUCAGGCUGACUGGGCAGCCAGGAAGCUGGUGUGGAUCCCAUCAGAGAGGCACGGCUUCGAGGCCGCCAGCAUCAAGGAGGAGCACGGCGAUGAGGUGCUAGUGGAGCUGGCUGACAACGCCAAGAAGAUGACAGUCAACAAGGAUGACAUCCAGAAGAUGAACCCUCCCAAGUUCAGCAAGGUGGAGGACAUGGCUGAGCUCACCUGCUUGAAUGAAGCCUCCGUGUUGCAUAAUAUCCGUGAGCGGUACUUCUCUGGCCUUAUUUAUGUAAGUAUACAGAGAAAACUUCAUUCAAAUGUGUCAUAACAAAUCUACGUAACAUUGACAGCUGUUAAAUAUGAAUGCAAACACAAAUAUCGUACAUCUCUAAUCAUUUAAGGCUGAUUAUCUUUCCCCUCAGACUUACUCCGGUCUGUUCUGUGUGGUGGUGAACCCCUACAAAAUGCUGCCCAUCUACUCAGAGAAGAUCAUCGACAUGUACAAAGGGAAGAAAAGACACGAAGUCCCUCCUCAUAUCUACUCCAUUGCUGACAACGCUUAUAGGAACAUGAUGCAAGGUAGGGAUAUCUCCUCCUGAGUUGUUUUCUCACAUCCCAAGACUUGCAAACUACCUGAACUGAUUUCAUUGAUAAAUACUCCAGAGAGGGGAUUUUCUGUCCGUCUCAACUCAGCUACAAAAUCCAUGAACUCAAACAAACAAGUGAAUUGGAUUUUCAAAGAAAUAAGUAAUAAAAAGUUUAACCAAUGAGAGCCAGUGUAACUCAAUAGUAGGGCUGGGUGAUAAACCGAAAAUUUACCGAUACUGAAAUUUAUGACAAAAACCGACGUCAUUUUGCUCAUAUCAGUAUGUUCGGUGUCAAAAAAAUUAAAUAAAUAAAAGUUGUUUUUAGAUGUGUGUAGGUAAGUUAAUAUGGGAGGGGGUGAGCAGCUUGUGGAGUAGUUUUCACCCAUUUAUCAUUAUCAAGGUGAACUGCUCAAUAUAUCGUGAUAUUGAUUUGAGGCCAUAUUUCCCAGCCCUUUUCAAUAGCCAUGUUUACAAGUACAAAUUUCUUGAUCUGAUUAAAAAAUUAGAGGAAUCGAAAAAUCUGAAUCCUCUGUUUAUACGAGCGCAAAAUCAAAUAAUCUGAUCAUGACGUGCGUAUACAUGCACCGAUAUUUAUUCUGAUUAGAAGCAUUUGGACGUGCGCAGUUGUCUGAUUUCGCUAAAUCAACUGCAGAAGAAGAAGAGUUGUAUUGACGUCUGUGCUGUCAACAAACCAACAAACGCGGUAGUGGUUUCACUACAUCCAAUUCAGGAUUUUUCCCUCGUUAAAUGUUGUCACUAGAUGGCGCCCUUGCUUGCUUAUUUUACUGUUCUGUCAAAGGUUGCACUGUGCGUGCAGAUGUACACCUUGUUAUGUUAUCAGAGGAGCAGACACGGCACCUGCGGUUGUGUUUUAUGCCAGAGUGUUAAUAAUGAAACCUCCUGAACUGACUAUAAUAAAUAAGCCAAAGGCUAAAGAGUGAAGCUCGAGUCAGGUUAGAGAGUCACGAUCGUAAUAAGUGUUUUACAUGGACGUGUUUCGGAAUAACAAUCAGCAUAAACCACCCCUCUCGUUCAGAAUACAUUUUCUUUCCGAUUGAGCUAAAUUGGAUCAGAAUUUUCCGAUCCACAUGUUUACAUGACGCUUUGUUAUUCCGGGCAUUUAUUCCGAUAAUUUGUGCCCAUAUUAAUGCAGCUAAUGACACCUAAAACUAACAACACCAUGAGUAUGGUCAGUUCAGGCUGUUGGCUUUGUGUGUUUUCUCAAAGUGCCUGCAGCUGUGAAGGCCUGUGGGGUUAUGUUGUGGUAUCCGCUGUCAGAAGUCUCACUUCUGUUUGCGUGAUGACAGCUGUCAGCAUUUAGCUCUAUCACGUUUGCAAAGUGGUUAAUAUAAAAAACACAAACUGGUCUUAGUCGUCAGAUAAUCGUGCACAGUCCAGAAUCUACUUUAAGUUCUACUGUUGGUGGUCCAAAAGGGUGUUAUAACAUCUAAACGAGUAUUUUAUGGACUAUUUCAGAGUCAAUGUUUCGUAUAGGUGAUAACAUUGGCCUUGGCAGAGUCGUGCUUACAGUAAAUGGCUCUUGGAAAGUCCUGAAGAGGUAGGGGCUUUAAAGCGUCUGGUUUCCCAUAGAAACUAUUUCUUAUGCUUCCAGGGGGUCGUGCCCACUGGACUUGAUGUUGACGUGAGGAUGUUCUCUCAGAGGGGUUGACAUCUGGAUUGAGAGAUGGGUGGAGGGCAGUAAAACAUUUCCUGUUUCAGCCCCUCUCUUUUCAUAUGAAAUCAAAAGCUUUUUUUUUCCUCCUCAGUGUAAACCACUUUUACUUCUGUGUAAGUCGGGGAUCUCCUUGUGAAUGGGCUUAAGAUUAUACUAAUAUCUUUUGGUUUGUUUAGUUUCCCAAUGACCCAGUGAAGCGGGAUGUUUAGACAGGACUUACAGUUCAGAAAGGAAGUAAUCUUUCAGGGAGCUUUAAGGAAAGUGAGUUUAUCCAGUCUUCUUAACCAUGCCAUCCAGUCCCUGAGUGGACAGAACUGAUUACUGAGCCUGCAGACCCUGAAUACACAUCUCAGACUGAUCAUACAGCUGAUAGUUUUAGCUCACCCUUAAAGUUAAAUAAAUCCCGCAAAAUCAAAGAUCUGAAUUUGCUGAAUUACUUUUGGAUUGCAGACAUGAACAUCCUAAAACGGGUACUGCUUGUCUUAAAGAAGAAUGCACUCAUGUGUACACUAGUGCAGAGGACGUUGUUCUAUUUACUGCUGCAGGGAUGGUGUGUAAACAUAUUGUCACAAGUAAACAAGAAGAGGAAGAUGGCUUGGUGUUCGUCUGGGUGUUUGGAUUAGACUUCUCUUUCAGCUCAUCUCUGAAGAUGAAACCACACAGCUGUGCCGUUCCCAGGAAAUAAAUGAGACUGAAUAUUUUUGAUCGGUUAAAAUAUCAGAUGGUAGUUGGUGCUUUUUGGUGGACUGGCUUCAGAGGGUAUAGUUGUUGAUGCUUCAGUGGGAUUUCCCAUGAAGUGGUGGGGGAUGAUGCUAAGGCUGUUCUACGCCGAAUGUUACAGCAUCAACAAGUCACAUAUUAGAGUGGAAGUGGGGCAUGACCACAGCAAAUCCAGAUAAAUCUCCUAAGCUUUAAAAACAUUCUUCCUUCAAUCUUGGCCGAGAUCCCAUUCCUCUAAAAUUGUGCCUCAGUCUUUGAUGUCUUUGAGAUAAAAAUGUGCAAAUUCCCACGGGAGAGUUUUUGUGUCCCCUGUGUAAGAAUUAGCUGUGGUGUGGAUUCUUGUAGCUCUCGAUGUUCACUGCUCAGAUACAUGAAAAGACAAAAGCGCCCUGUUUGAUUGAAUCAGUACCACAGGGAUAUUCUGAAUUUUGCAGAGACAAAAACACUCAUCGCUCCGAUUCUCUGGGGCAAAACUGAGCGUCGUUUUUGGAUGUUUCACAGGAGCUCACAACUCUUCCCACCCCUCCUCUCGCUCUUUCUCGCUCUUUCUUUAUCUGCCUUAAUUAGGAAGUACAGAGGGGGAACAAGCUGAAUUUUGUGAGCAUAUGUGAAACAAAUAAAAAAGAAGCCCUAGACCAAACACAGAGACAGCAUCAGAGCUAGUUUACACUUCAGGGAUGGUUACACACAGUAAUAAUGUUAGUGUUUGAUUCGCAGGCACACAGCUACACACAAAGUGACAAAGUCUGAUGUGACAACACGUGAAUUUACUGCACAAAGAUGAUGAAGUGAUGUGGUUUGCUCUGUGUUGUGUCUAUUUUUACUGCCGAUCAUUUCGCAGCGUCGUUUCAGGAUGUCAUUUACUGGGGGGUUUUAUGGGCCAAAAGUCUCCUUUCUUUCAGCUGUACUCGACGUACUCCCCCAGGAUAGUUUUUAUGGAAGGAUGCAGUCACAAAAUAGCCUUACAUGGACUCAGUGUAUUCUCCCCGGAGUACUUUUGGAGACAUUUUAAUGACUCACUGCUCUGCACAUUUAGAGCUGAUUUUCAAGGUUGAAAAUCAAAGUUCAUGUGGGAACCCUCAGGAAACACACACGGUCUCUAUUAACCUCUAAACAGAGUUUAUUCUUCUUUUUCUUUCUCUCUGAAGAGGCGCUUGUGUUUUCAUUUGUGACACACACACACACACACACACAGCAUUGUUGUAUAAUACUGUCCAUGUAAGGGCUGUAAUCAACCAAAGAAAUUCUUGGUCGACUAAAACCCUGAAAUUUUUUAACCAAAAAUCGACUAAUCAGGGAAAAUAUACUGAUAUCAGCUCAAGGAAGUAAUUGAACACAAAAGGCUAAAAUAUGAAUAUUCAGCAAGCCACUGGACGGAAUAUCCCGCCUCCUUUGCCUCUGAUUGGCUAGAAAAGCUGGAAACGUCAUCAUACGCUUAAACCAAACACAGGCUGUCGGCUCUGUACAUCGAACAGAACAUUAAAGAAUACUAUUGCACUUCUCAAUCUUCUAACUCUAACCCAACGGACGAUGAUGUUUCACAACUAUAAGGAAUAACGAAUUGGAGCCCAAAACUUGUAGCCGAUCAGAGGCGAAGAAGGGCGGGACCUCCCCCGAGCAUCCUACAAAAAAAAAGUCGACUUAGAGUUCAUCAACAUCAUAUUCAAGUUUUCAUCUGCUCUUUAGUUACUCUCUGAUUCUUGAAUAAGUUUGUCUAAUUCUAAAUGUAUUCAGUAUAAAAUAAUUCAUACACAUUCAUUUGCACCAUUAAGACUUAACAGAAUGGGUUUAAUUUAUAAUGAUCUAUGUUGGAAUUGUGCGGCAGAAAGUGGCACAUUUAUUCAUUGAUUAUGAGAAUGCUCUAAGAUCCUCCUCUUGUGGGAAAAAGUUAUAGAUUAUAUGAGCAAAUCAUUAAAUUACGAACUUCCCAGAUCACCCAGAUUGUGUCUCCUUGGAGACAGAACCAUGGUACCCCUGUUGAAUAAAUAUCAAAUUUUAAAAAAUCAAAUUUUAUUUAUAUGGCGCCAGUUUACAACAGUUGUCACCCCAAGACGCUUUCCAAAGAAAAAGAGCAGGUCUAGACCACGCUCAUUGAUGGAUGAAUUAUCAAGACCCAACCUAAGAUGGGAUUUUGCCCAUCUCAUCUAACAUGAGUAACAGUGACAAGGAAAAACUUCCUCUGAACAGGCAGAAACCUUGGGUAGGACCAGACUCAUGAUAGACAGCCACCAGGCCGCUGCUGGGUUGGGGAGGAAUACAGUUUUAGAAGAUUAAAAGCUGGCCCAAUAACAUGUGCACGGACAGUUCUGAGGUGUUGGAAGGAACUCCAAGCUCCCACACUGAAUAUGUGGAAAACACAGAUGAUGGGGACUGUGAAAAUGAUAUGAUUAAAGAAAAAUGGAAUAGUUUUGGUGGACAGAUGUGUUGACUUUCUUGCCAUGCCAACUAACUUGCCUGUCUUAUUUUUUAUUUUCUUUCGUUUAUUUAUUUAUUUUAUUAUUCUUACUAUUUUUGACCUCCAUUAUAUCUAUCUUGUUUGAUGUUUGUUUGUCUGUUGCAACAUUGAAAAAAUGAUAAACUUUAAAUUAUAAAAAAAUAAGUUUGUCUAAUUCUGUAAACUCUCUUUGUGUCAACAGAUCGUGAGGACCAGUCCAUUCUCUGCACGUAAGCAUAAAAAAAAAUCCCCACCUCCAAACUCUCACUGUGUCUCCUUCUUUAACCUUUUCCCUAGACAUCACGUUGAUACUAGAAAGACGCUGGUGUUUGUAUAUAUGCUCGAAUGUGUUGAAGAACAGUUACAUAAUGCUUGUGUAAACACAGAAGUAAACGAAGGAGAUGCCUUUCACUGUCCAGAAUCAACAUGUUGGAAUUAAAAGUCAUUGAGAGGAUCACAUUGCUAUCUUUGAGUGACAUUGCUGGCUCCGUGCAGGAAUCUCCACUUUGAACGAUUAUGUUGCAUCUAUUUUGUAUUCUGGAUGAGCGCUCCCAGAGGGGCCGUGGCCUUGCUCUCCUCCGCGACCCGGUCAGGAAGUAUGCCCUGCAUGCUGAUGGGAGAACCAGAUUAGCUCUCCAAAUGUUUGGGCUCCAUUUUGUUUGUUUAUUUGUUUGAAACUAAUUAUUGAAAACUUUGGCUGUGGUUAUCAGACAGUCAGUGAUAAGGCCUUUAUUUUUCUGGCAGCACCAGUCUGUGGUAAAGUUUCUGAACUUUAAUUUCCUGCAAACAAAUUAACCCAUAGAUUGUUUUUCCUCUUCCUUCUUUACUGGCCGUACUCUUGCUGUGGUUCUGAUUUUGUGUGUUUAUUGUAUAUUCUUCUUUUCUCACAGGGAUGAUUGGUUGAUUUCCUUCUUUUCACAUCCAUCCCACUUAAUUCAGCUCUGCUAUAUUUACUUCUGCAUGCAAACUCAUUUAAAAAAAAGGGAUUUCUUUGCUUUUACUCAAACUAGCAGUGGUAGACCAAUAGGGACUGAACAGCAUCCUGAAUGGAUUUGGAGUGGCAUUAGAUCUGCGCCAUUUUGAGGACUAUUAAGAAGAUGCUGGUAAACGUUACCAUCCAGACUGCAGUAUUUCCUGCGACAGUCUUGAGUAAACAGAAGCAUUGCUCGCUCUUUAGCAUCCACUUGUUCCAGUAAAGGAAAUGAAUGAAAGAGCUCUUAGUUUGAAGUACUGAUGCCAGGAUGCAGCCACUUCUUUGGUAAUGGUUGAUCAUUUCCUCAGCCAUCAAGAUUUCUCCGUACAGUUUUGGAGAACCUUGGCAGGAUUCCUCUUGUCUUUUUACAGGAAGACGGUGGUUUAUAGCAGCUGUGGGCAAGCAUGAAAAAAAUUCCACAAAGUUUUUUUUUUUUUUUUAAACAGUCUAACACGGUACGCCGGGGUUAACAUGACCAUUGAGCUGAAAAACAUCCUCCCUUUCUUUGGAACAUUGGUCAGGUCCACACAGACACCUUCAGAUUUGACUUUGAGCUACAGCUGCCCUCAGCGUCUGCAGGCCUUCGGGACCAUAUAUGGGAGAAAUGUUUCAUGGAAUGUCAUGCAUGACAUUCUCAGUCUACGUGCCUGUACAUACGUGUUUAAUUGCUGUAUACCAUCUGUUUUUGGUGGUUCUGUUCACAGAGCAAUCAAAGGUUGAUGACUUGUUUUUUCUCGCUUAAAAUUCGAUAAAAGUUUAGCAAAAUUUGUUAAUAGGUUAGCAUAAAGAACUUGUCUUAAAAUGUCCUAAACUGUCUUGAUAAACUGGUUUCAAGGUAUUAAAUGUAAAAUUAUUUGAAUUUAUCAACAAACUAGCCUCAAAAACCAGCAUCUCUUUACAGCCCCGCCCUGGAAAAUAAGGUCAAAAACAGCUAAUAAAGAGAAGAUCAUGAAGUUGCAGACUGUCACUAGAGAGGUCUGAUUCACAACCUUUACUAGCCCCAUUAUCUCACAUCUGCACUAAAAGAGGAACCAUCUCAAAUUAGCAUUCUGGUCACCAGAAGAUAUUUCUCUGACAACUGAGGGGGGUAAAGUUUUGCACCAUCCAACUUUGAGAGCAUCUUUUUAACGCCAGUCUUUUCUAUCAGGGUUUCAAGAAGUCUUCAAAAGUAUAAGAUAUUUUCUGAUAGACCACCUCUAGAGGAACUAGCAGAUGACUUGAGUAGGAACCUGGAUAUCAUAAUUUCUUCCUGGCAAGAACAAGGUGGAGUAAUUAGACUCGACUCAGAGCCAAAGCCCUAACACAGGGAGCAUCCCAUGCCUAAUAUGGAGCGUUGUCUGUCGCUGUUUAUUGACUUCUGGCUUCUGGUUCUGGUAUCAUUCAACUUCUCUCUAAACUUCUAAGACUGUUUUCUGGAAGGAACAUGUCCCUGCUUCUGAGAGUUUGAGGUGUUGAAUUUCUAAACAGGAUUAUAAAUCUUUUAUUUUUGAUAAGUUUCAGGAUGUGCAUCAUUCAUUCAGACACUCAGACAGUUCAUAUGGUCAGUUCCGUAAAACUAUAGAGGGAAAUGAGAUAUGAAACUUCAUUCAUCUGUUAGCUGUCUUUGCUUAGAGGCUAGAAAUAGGGAACACCUCACCUGACUUUAUGCACACACCAGCUUUGUUGCAUGUGAUGUAUCCCUGUCUCUCUCGGGUUUCCUGUCGAGGUCCAAAUCAUAGACUGUAUAUAAAUUGGACGCCAUCUGCCUCCUUGCUGGGUGAAGCCACUCUGAGAACAGCACCCUCUGGUGACAGGCUGCAGUAUAGGUCAUAAAUCCCGCCUCCUCCAGCAAUCCCUAUGAAGCUGUGGACAAACUUUAGAAAUUUAUUACACAGAAUAUAAAUGUUUGUCCACAGCUCCAUAGGGAUUGCUGGAGGAGGCGGGAUUUAUGACCUAUACUGCAGCCCGUCAACAGAGGGUGCUGUUCUCAGAGUGGCUUCACCCACCUAAGAGGCAGACGGCGUCCAUUCUAUAUACAGUCUAUGAUCCAAAUACUUUCUUUUUAAUGAGGAGCCUGACUUACUGUUUCAUUUGAAAGUAUUUCUUUAAAGUUCAAAUAUAAGCAAAGAGGAUUAAUUUCCACAUUUUAAGAUCAUGUAAAGAUUAUAACAGCUGUUAAGAGGAUCUAAACUCAGGGAUCAGACUAGUGUAGUAAGCAGACUGAACAAUAACAUUGUGCUUAGUGUCAGACAUUGGUGCAGCUCUCUGUGCUCCACAUGCUUUCUAUUCAAUUUAACCGGCUUAUUGAACUGUGAACAGACUGUCUGUGCUUGUCUUCGUGUUAUCUCUCAUUCCCUUACACUAUCUCUUCUCUGCAGCAUUUAAUCCCCCUCUCACCUUCUUCUUCUCUAGUGGAGAGUCUGGUGCUGGGAAGACAGAGAACACCAAGAAGGUCAUCCAGUACCUGGCUGUCGUGGCCUCCUCACAUAAAGGCAAGAAGGACAGUAGCGCUGUAAGUAUCUGUGUGGGAAAAAAAAACAAAGAAAAAACAGACGAUGUUGUUUAAAAAGUUUGGAUCUGUCAGCCAGUUCCCUCACUCUUCAUCAUGUGUAGGUAACUGCUCAGUUUAACCAUGUGUAUAUAUUGCCAUUUCCUCCAAAUAGCAACAAUCAGGAGCACAGUUUGCUUACGUGAGUAAAAGGGGAAACCUGGAGUGUGUUUUUGUGUGUGGUGUUUGUGUGUGUUCUUUCCUUAGGAUAGACAACUGCAUGAAUCAAGUGUCACUGAGUUGCAUAAAUGAACGUUUUUUUUACUUUUGUAAUCAUUUUUCUUACACCAAGGGUCAAGAUCCCGGGAUCUUACUGUCCUAGAGUUAGCGUUGAUUACCCAGAUAGACUGCAUGACCAUCAUAGUACUUUCCAAACCUGCCCGAUGAUCAGUGAAGGGUGGUUAGCGUUAGCAUACUCCUGAAGUAGUUAAACUAUGUUGUGUCGUCCAUCUUCUCAUGAACACCCUCUUACUGCCCGUGGAGACGAGGUCGGCGGCUCCCUCGCAGUAAAAGGGUCUCCUCUCACAGUACGAAGAGCACAGUGUGAGCAUGCCCAUCUCCUGUUUUUAUCUAUCAAACACAACAACAAUCAACCUCCCCUACACCUUCCUUCCCCCUCUCCUUAGCCCAACAUGCCCUUUAGUGCAGCGUUGGCUCUCUGGUUAUAAUAAUGAUGAUAGUUUUAUUUAUGUAGCACCUUUAACAACAAGGUGGUUAUGUGUAAGAAUGAGCAAGGAUCUCUGUGACGAAGCAAAACUUUCUUUCCGGGACCUCUCUCAGCCUAAGGACCCCGGGAAACCCUGUGCAGUUGCAGUUGUCACCUUCUCAGUAUUUGGCUCAAUCAUCAGCCUCCUUCUCAUGUGGUAGAUUUGAAGAGUGUAUGCAGAACAGUCUUUCCUAUCUUUCCUAUCGGGGUCACUUCCUUUCCGUUUCUGUCUGCUCUGUUUCUCUCCUUUUUUUCUGUAGUGACUCAAAUGACCAAGACCUUCCUCUUUGCUCUGCCAACUCUCAGCUGCACUUCUUCUGCUGGUCUGUAUCUUUGCUGCUUUUUUUCUAUAAUAGUCUUCAUAAAUUUGACCUUUAAUCACUUCAAUAACCUGUCUCUAAUUACAAGGUCAUAAAUUCUAUGGUGGCCCUGAGGUGCAAAACACAACAGCAAAUCGGAAAACACAACACAAAAAGGAGAAAAAAAACAAUAAAAGAGAAAACACUUACCUACUUAAUUAAUGUGUUUUCUGAUUUGCUGUUGUGUUUUCUCUUUUUGUGUUGUAUUUUCUUUUUUUGUGUGGUGUUUUCUCUUCUUGUGUUGUGUUUUCUUAUUUGCCAUUGUGUUUUCUCUUUUUGUUGUUUUGUCUUUUCUCUUCUUGUGCAUUUUCUCUUUUUGUGUUGUGUUUGCUCUUUUGCCAAUGUGUUUUCUCUUUUUGUAUUUUGUUUUCUCUUUUUGUGUUUUCUCUUUCUGUGUUAUGUUUUCUCCUCUUGUGUUGUUUUUUUUUAUUUGCCAUCGUGUUUCCUUUUUGUGUUGUUUUUUUUAUUUGCUGUAUUCUUUUUUGUGUUGUGUUUUCUCUUUUUGCGUUGUGUUUUACACUUUAGGGCCACAGAAUAGUUCUGACCACAGGCUGUAUUAUUCUUUCCAAUCGUCCCCUUUUUCAAAGUCGAUGGUGACACAAGUCACGGCCUUCGCCUCUUUGUUGCUUUAGCUCAUUUACUGAAGGGACUGUUUCUAUACAAGAGAGUAUUUCAGGUAGAAGUCCACAGCUCCUGACCUUGAUGCUAGGCUAACACAGGCCCCUUUGAUCAGGUGGAUUAGCUCGAUGCACAGUGACGGGAUGUCCGCCUCAUUUACCCACCAUCACCCUGUUCCACCCACCGGGCUCUGCAGUCACGCUGGAGGCAAAUCACAUCCAACAUCUCUGUUUAUGAAUCAGAAUCAUUAUAACAUGCUGACACACUGAAUGCCAAGACUUUCGUUAAAGGCUUGAUUCAUUUGUACAUUAGUCAGAUGCCUUCCCUGACCCUGAGUAACCUCAUUCCCUCUCUUACCACAUCAGCAUCAAGAGCUUUUUACAGUUUUUCCACAGCUGAUCCAGAGGUAUUUAGAGGUGUUCAUUUGUCUGUGGAUUAAAGUCAGUCAAUUAAUAUUUACCAAGAAGUUUAUAUCAGUAAAUAAAGUUUAGUUAUUGAUCACCUAAAAUUUUACUUGAUUUUUUUUUUAACCUGAUGAUCUUCUCUGUAGUCCUUUUCCAACCUGAUUUACUUUAUCUCCACUCUCACCACCACCUGCACCUUGGACCCAGCAGCUGUCCGGCUUCUAACACUGAUGUUUGUGUUUCUUGCUGUCGUCACUAGGGGGAGCUGGAGAAGCAGCUCCUGCAAGCCAAUCCCAUCCUGGAGGCCUUUGGAAAUGCCAAGACUAUCAAAAAUGACAACUCCUCCCGAUUUGUGAGUCUCUUUUAGACACUUUGUGCUUCAGUGCAGCUUUAUUCAGUGUACCGAACAACUUCAUAUAUUAUCAUGUUUUGUUUUUGUUAUGAUCUCUCUUACAGGGUAAAUUCAUCCGCAUCAACUUUGAUGUGACCGGAUACAUUGUUGGAGCCAAUAUCGAGACUUGUAUCCUGGCCAUUUGUUUUGUGUUAUUUUUGGUGGUCUAAGAGAAAAAAGGGCAAAAGGCAAAUAAAUCAGGGUCUGCUUUUAAUCCACCAUGGUUCACAGCAAAAUCAGGAGUGUUAAUUCAACUCCCACAGUGUUAAUUUUAAAACUUUUUCUGAGUUUAUCUAGUUCUCAUGGAUUUUGAGUAAAAUUUCACCUUGUAAAGCGUUAAUAUUUGAACUCUUUAAUAGUGUUACAAUUUGACACCCUGAGUGUUUUUUAUGGACACCACAUAAAUGCACUUUUAAUUCAAAAUUGUGUUAUUUCCUUUCAUUCUGAGUGUUCACCUUAACAUACACAGUUAUUCUAUGACACCUUAAAGUGUGGUUUUAACACUAAAAUUGUGUUAUUUCCUUUCACUGUGGGUGUUAAUUUUAACACUGUUUAAAUGUGUUGAACAGCAACAUUCGGUUCUUACCAUGUUGGGUGGAAAAGGCACACGUCCAAACUGGUUGUUGUGAUCAACUCUGUCAGGAGUGAAUGUAACUCAGUCACAGAUGUAAACAUUUAACUCACUUAAUUAACAACACUCACAGAGUUUUUAUUUAUCACUACAAGUGUUAAAAAAACACCAAAAUCAACACCCACCAACUCAAAAUUACUAACACUGAAAAAACAAUGCUAAAAAUGUUGCUGUGUACUUCUUAUUUCUCCACCCUUGAGCAGUGUGCUCCAGUAUUCAUAUGGUGAAGGAGAAAGGUUAUUAUACCAAUGCUUUAGAGGACACACACAGUGUAUACUGUACAUGUAUUCUUUGACUGCUGCGUCUCUCAGAUCUGCUCGAGAAGUCUCGCUGUAUCAGACAAGCAAAGACAGAAAGGGCUUUUCACAUCUUCUACUACAUGAUUGCCGGUGCUAAAGACAAAAUGCGCGGUGAGUGCAUGCUGUCUUCACUUUGGUGUGUAAAUAUAGAAAAAUCGUACAUCCUGCUGCACAGCUGCUGCAGCUUAAUGAUUAUAUUUGACUGAGAAUAAGGACAGAAAAUUGUACCAUCAGGCAAUUUGUGGCGAUUGAGCUGCAGAAAUCAUGAAUGAGUUGAUUGAUCUUCUUAAAAAAAUAAUAAAAAAUGACAGAAUAUUGAGAAGACUUAUCAAGCUAAACUGUUUCAUGUUUUUUCAUUGUUUUUAGAGGAGCUGCUUUUGGAGCCCUUCAGUAACUACCGCUUCCUGAGUUCAGGCCAUGUUCAGAUCCCAGCCCAGCAAGAUGACGAGAUGUUCGAAGAGACCAUGGAGGCCAUGAAUAUCAUGGGGCUCACAGAGGAGGAGAGAAUCGGUAUUUGGAGCUUAACUGUAGAAGAGAUCUUUCCAGGUUAAAUGAAAUGUUGUUUCUCUGACGUAUGUCUCCUUGUCUCAUGGUAGAUAUUCUGAAGGUGUGCUCCACAGUCAUGCAGCUGGGAAACAUUAAGUUCAAUAAGGAGAGGAACCAGGAGCAGGCCACCAUGCCGGACAACACCGGUUAGAAAACUAAACGUCUCCUUAUAUACAGAAUAAAAAACUUCUGCAGAAUGAACCAGCGUAUUUCUUUCUCUCCCUUCAGCUGCCCAGAAGGUGUGUCACCUGCAGGGAAUCAAUGUGACAGACUUCACCCGUGCGAUCCUCACUCCUCGCAUCAAAGUGGGCAGAGAGGUGGUGCAGAAGGCGCAGACCAAAGAGCAGGUACUGCAGGAAGUGUGAAAACACGGCGAGACUAGAAAAACAAAUCGUGCGUGUGAUGAAACACUUCCCAAAACAAACUUCAUCACCCUGAUCCCUCAUCAGAUAUCUCCUUUGUGUUUGUUUGUAUUCAUUAGGCUGACUUCGCUAUCGAAGCUUUGGCUAAGGCCGUGUUUGAGAGGCUGUUCCGCUGGAUCCUGGCCCGAGUCAACAAGGCCCUGGAUAAAACCAAACGGCAGGGAGCCUCCUUCCUGGGAAUCCUUGACAUUGCUGGCUUUGAGAUUUUUGAGGUAUGGGUUUCAGUCAAAAACGAAAACUAGGGGGACCAUACUCUGAAUCCCUGAAAAGAAGACAUGACUACGCAAAAGCGGUGUCAAAGAGUCGCGCACAGUCAAUUUUUAGAGUUUUUCGGGUUGGAUCGAGUGUUUUUUUACACACUUCUAACUCAGUUAGUCCACACGACACAAACUUAAAACUUCCAUGCAAAACCCCGGACACUUGAAGGAUUUUAUAAACUCCCCCGGACAAGGCUGGACAGCCCCCAAAAAGAGGACAUGUCUGGGUAAAAGAGGACAAAUGGUCACCCAAACUAAAACAGUACUGCCGACUGAGAGAUCAAUUAAUUCCUUUGGUCCUGACAAGUGAUUUACAAUUUUAUACCAAAGCAAACAACAAUGUCUGUUCAUGAAAGACUCACCAGAUCAUUUUUUAUGUUUCAGGACAACUCCUUCGAGCAGCUGUGCAUCAACUACACCAAUGAGAAGCUGCAGCAGCUCUUCAACCACACCAUGUUCAUCCUGGAGCAGGAGGAGUACCAGAGGGAGGGCAUCGAGUGGAACUUCAUCGACUUUGGCCUGGACCUGCAGCCCUGCAUCGAGCUCAUCGAGAGACCUGUGAGUGACUUUGAUGCAAAAGAAAAGAUUAUUAUAGUUCUUCAGCCUGCUGUGGAUAUUUUCAGCUUUAUUAUUGUGUGAAUGUCAUUUUCAAUCUUAUCUUCAUUGCAUAUUUUCUGCAGAACAACCCUCCGGGCAUCUUGGCCCUGCUGGAUGAAGAGUGCUGGUUCCCCAAAGCCACAGACAUCUCUUUUGUGGAGAAACUUAUGAACACACAAGGGAGUCAUGUGAAGUUUGCCAAGCCAAAGCAGCUCAAAGACAAGACAGAGUUUUCCAUCUUACAUUACGCUGGAAAGGUGAGUAUGAGAGUUUAUCUAGGUGUGAUAAAAGAUUUGGGACAAUAAGUGUCACGUGUGUUUAAUUUUAGCUUGAGUAAAAUCAGUUAUGAUGUGGUGAUGCUGAGUGUCACGGAAGAUCAGACAUGAGUGAUGUUACUGUGUUUAUAGGUGGACUAUAACGCCACCGCCUGGUUGACAAAGAACAUGGACCCUCUGAAUGACAACGUCACAGCACUGCUCAACAACUCCUCCAGCCAGUUUGUGCAAGACCUCUGGAAAGACUGUAAGACAUGUGACUUGGAUGGUUUAAACUAAUAAAUAUCCCUGAUAUGGGUUUAGAUUAAUACUAGAAGAUCUUUACUGUCAGAGGGAGGAAGAAAGCCUGAAAGAUUUCAUUUUUAAGAAAAGAAAAGAGAAGAAAGAGCUUUAUUAAUUCAUAAAAAAAUAAAACUGUGUAAUAUUCCGGCGUAAAUCUAAGUUAUGGUUAAAUACACCAUAACACCAAGUUAGACACCCCCUGAAGAGAUGAAUGUUGCCGACUGCUUGCUUCUCUAGUUAUACAAACUUUAAUAACCACCGCACGAUAGCAAUACACAGAAGUAUACGUCUCCACGCGCAAACUUCAACCAAAGCGCCAGUCUUUAGCCACAAAUAAUGAUUAAAACAGCACCUAACUUCAUCAACAGUACAUAUAGGGUCCCAGCCAUAGUACUAGCCAUCAAACAUCUUUUUAGCUUUGCCUUAUUUCUUUAGCAAAGACAAUAAACACAACUCACCCACUCUCCUCCAGCAGCCGCUUGUUUGUGGGGGAGCCCUGACGAGUUGAUCACAGAGUGCAGCCGUGAAAAUUUUGUAGCACAAUAAAAACUUUGCAAACUACAGAUAACUAAUAAAAUUUGGACAUAAUAAAAACGUAGAUGAAAAAUUGUACUAGCCUACCUGGUGUAAAACGGCUCGCAACUGUGAACCGCUUCCCGCCGUUCACUCAAAGGAGCUGUUCCAAAAACUGAUUCGUUCGCAAACGUCACAUCUUGAGUGCAGUUUUGAAGAUGAAAAUGAUCACAGCACACUCAGAAAAGCAGACGAGAACUUUGUUUCUUUGGUGAAUGCAAUACACUUGUAUAAAGAAGCAAGCCACAACCAUCCCUCCAAUGACAACAAUCAAAGAGAGGCAUUUUUAUGGAUGCUCAUAUUUCCCCGCCUGUAAAAUGUGGUUUUAAAAUCCUCUAUUUUCAUUUUUGUGUACGUAUGAGCCUUUCAGCUACAACAGGAGAAGUUUUUGUUCCAGAAAACUUGAUCGGUGUUGAGUUUAUCGAUCACUGUUUUCCGUGAGAAAAAUAUGUGUUGUAUUUUUCAGCCGACAGAGUUGUUGGUCUUGACACAAUCGCCAAGAUGUCGGACAGCUCCAUGCCAAGUGGCUCCAAGACCAAGAAGGGGAUGUUCCGUACAGUGGGACAGCUCUACAAAGAGUCUCUGGCCAAACUCAUGACCACACUGCACAACACCCAGCCCAACUUUGUCAGAUGUAUCAUCCCCAACCAUGAGAAGAGGGUAAACAAAAGCACAAUGUCAUCAACAUAGAAUAUUUUGUGUGUUUGGCGUGCCUGUUAGGAAGAUGCAUCAUUUCUGGUCCAAAAUUCUGGUCCUCUUAGGCAGGGAAGUUGGAUGCUCACCUGGUCCUGGAGCAGCUGAGAUGUAACGGUGUGUUGGAGGGGAUCAGAAUCUGCAGACAAGGAUUUCCCAACAGGAUUGUCUUCCAGGAGUUUCGCCAGCGGUAAGUGGAAAAACUAGCUACCCCAUUGUCGUAUGUUUGAAUGUUUCUGUCAACUUUAUGCAUCAUUUAAGACUAAAUAUCUAUCUUUCUCGUUCCUGUCUUGAAGUUAUGAGAUCCUGGCUGCUAAUGCUAUUCCCAAAGGCUUCAUGGAUGGCAAGCAGGCCUGUUGCCUCAUGGUAAAAAACUUAAGCUGAUAAUUCUCCUCAUUGACAUUUUCACGUUGUCUGAAAUUUAAAUAGCAUCAGUUGUCUUUCUGAUCUGCUGCUUUUUUAGAUCAAACAUCUAGACUUGGACCCCAACCUGUACAGGAUUGGACAGAGUAAGAUCUUCUUCCGCACUGGAGUGUUGGCCCAGCUGGAGGAGGAGAGAGAUCUGAAGAUCACUGUGGUCAUCAUCGCUUUCCAGGCCCAGGCCAGAGGCUUCCUGGCCAGAAAGUACGAAUACACAACCUUUUUUUAUAUCUCACAACUUUUGGUUGGUUAAUCUUUAAGUGCUUUGUUGGUAGUUUGGAAGGUUUCUUGUUUUGAUUUUGGGGUGGGCUUGCAUAAAAAAAACUGAUUAUCAACCGCUGCACACGGGGGUUAACUCUACCUUGUAAUUUCGCCAAUUUAAGACAUUUUAACCCAAACUCUACUGUCAGGAUAAGUGAAAACUUUUCCUUUGCUGUCACAAAUGAUCAGUUGUUGAGGUCUGCAGGCAUCAGAAAAAAGUGUACGUGGUCAACACGUACACUUCCUCAAAAAAACUAAACAAAACUAUCCUUUUAAAAGUAAAGGGGGGGGGGGUCUUUAGUCUCUUGUGUAUUUCUCACUUUGCUUUAUUUAAUAUAUUGUACACCGGUUGUGUUGUUGUUUAAAGGGCGUUCGCCAAGAGGCAACAGCAGCUUACAGCCAUGAAAGUGAUCCAGAGGAACUGUGCUGCCUACCUCAAACUCAGGAACUGGCAGUGGUGGAGGCUCUUCACAAAGGUCGGUAAAGUACUUAGUCGAAUCAUGAAAUAAGAUAAAUUAUAGAAAAUGAUAUACUUUUGUACAGGAGAGGAAUAGGGCCACUGGAGAAGAAGAAGAAAAAAAGGUCCAAUGUAUUUUUUUAUUAUUAUUAUUCUGAGAUGAAAGUCAGAAUUCUGAGUUUAAUCUCAGAUUUCUGACCUUUUUUUCUCAGAAUAAUAAAAAAAUAUCAGACCUUUUUUUUCUUUUUUUUCCAAUGGCCCUAAUCUUCUUCCGUACAUUUGUUUUUUAACUAUUAAAACUUUAUUAUAUAUAUUAUUAUAAAUUUAUUAUAUAUACAUUUAUUUGUUGAAAUUUAUUGAAUUUCCCUUUGAGGAUAAAAUAAAGUUAUUCUAAUUCUUAUUUUAAAACAGGUCAAGCCACUGCUGCAAGUGACCCGACAGGAGGAGGAGAUGAGUCUGAAAGAAGAAGAACUUCAAAAAGCCAAAGAAGUUGCUACAAAGGUUGAAUCUGAACUCAAGGAGAUCUCCCUGAAACACACGCAGGUGAAGAACAAAACCGCAGCAAACCGUUUUCUAUCACGUCCACAACUUUACAAGUGAAAGCGAACUACUUUCUUACCGUCUGUUUCCUUCAGGUUGUGGAGGAGAGGAACGCGCUGCAGGAGCAGCUUCAAGCAGAGACAGAGCUGUACGCUGAGGCUGAGGAGAUGAGAGUUCGUCUAGGAGCUAAGAAGCAGGAGUUGGAGGAGAUUCUCCACGAAAUGGAGGCGAGGCUGGACGAGGAGGAAGAACGGGCUCAGACGCUUUUACUGGAUAAGAAGAAAAUGCAGCAGCAGAUGCAGGUCUAUACAUGUGUUCACAGCUGAUGUCUACACUCAGAUAUUAAAGUUCUAGUCAUGUGAGAACUUAGCAUCAUAAAGUGAAGUUAGCGUUUUCUUCUGGCAGGAAUUGGAGGAACAUUUGGAGGAGGAGGAGGAUGCUCGUCAAAAGCUACAGCUGGAGAAGGUCACGUGUGAGGGGAAGAUUAAAAAGCUGGAGGAUGACAUCCUGGUGAUGGAGGACCAUAACAACAAGCUGCUCAAGGUAAAAACAGAUGAACAGAACUUCACUUAAAGGUACAGUGUGGGGGGAACAAAAGUUUCUCAUCUUUUUGGUGUAUUUGUAGGAGAGGAAGCUGUUGGAGGAGAGGGUUGCAGACUUCAGUACAAACCUAGCAGAAGAAGAAGAAAAGUCAAAGAACCUCACCAAGCUGAAAAACAAACACGAGUCCAUGAUCUCUGAGUUAGAAGGUAAUCUGUUCAUCACAAGUACCAGAAAUGGUGUCAUAUAUUGAAAUCAUUUACACCGAUUGACAUUUUUGCUUUGUUUGCAGUCCGCUUGAAAAAGGAAGAAAAGGGUCGACAGGAGCUGGAUAAGGCGAAGCGAAAGUUGGAAGCAGAGACGAAUGACCUACAGGAGCAGAUCGCCGACUUGCAGGCUCAGAUCGCCGACCUCAAAGCCCAGCUGGCAAAGAAGGAGGAGGAGCUUCAGAAUGCAUUGGCCAGGUAACAUGACGAAAAUAGUGCCAUGACACACCGGAACUCACCUGAAUCCAUGAUACUUAAAGUAUACAGAGUAUUUCUUACGAAUAUUGUUCUGGUUUCCACUUACUUCCAGAUUAGAAGACGAGACGGCUCAGAAGAACAACGCCCUGAAGAAGAUCAGAGAGCUUGAAGGACACAUCUCUGAUCUGCAAGAGGACCUGGACUCUGAGCGCGCCGCUAGGAACAAGGCAGAGAAGAUCAAACGAGACCUUGGAGAGGAGCUGGAGGCUCUCAAAUCUGAGCUGGAGGACACUUUGGACACCACUGCCACUCAACAGGAACUUAGGUCAGUCAGACUCUGCCAGUAAACAUGAAUAGGAAAGAAUAAGUUCAAAUUCUUACAAGUUUUAAUGAAAUAAUGUUGCAGAUGGAGGUGAUAAAACAUCUUUAUUUCUUAAUUGUCCAGGGCCAAACGUGAGCAGGAGGUGACGCUGCUUAAGAGAGCCAUGGAUGACGAAAACCGGACCCAUGAAGCUCAGAUCCAGGAGAUGAGACAGAAACACACCCAGGCUACUGAGGAGCUCACAGAGCAACUGGAGCAGGCCAAACGAGUAAACCAGCUUCAAAAUACGGAGAUGCCGUUUUGUUUUUGAAGUUCUGCUUUAGAAAAGUUGAGGUACUUAUCCUGAGUUUUCUCUUUUCUGUUCAGGUCAAGUCAAACCUUGAAAAAGCUAAACAAGCUCUGGAGAAAGAGACAUCAGAACUCACCAUGGAGGUUCGCUCGCUCGUUCAGGCCAAACAAGACGGGGAGCACAAGAGGAAGAAGUUGGAGGGUCAGGUGGCGGAUCUGCAGUCCCGCUUCACCGACAGUGAGAAACAGAAGGCGGAGCUGGGAGAACGCUGCUCUAAGAUCACUGUAAAUAAGAAAUUCAUCAAUACUGAUAAUGCAUAAAUGUUAACAGACGACAACACUGAUGUGCAGAGAAUGACAUUUCAAGCGGACUCACGUUUUCCUUCUUCAAGGUUGAACUGGAGAGUGUGACGAAUCUUCUGAACGAAGCAGAAAGCAAGAACAUCAAACUGAGCAAAGAUGUGUCCAGCCUUACCUCCCAACUCCAAGACACUCAGGUACAUUACGACGUCUGUAUCUUAACCAACAAACGAUCUGCCCGUAACCCUUUGAUUUUGACCCAAACCUCACAAUAUUUGCUGAACACUUUCCAGGAACUGCUGGCUGAGGAGACGCGUCAAAAACUGCAGUUCUCCACAAAGCUACGGCAAGCCGAGGAUGACAGAAGUAGCUUACAGGAGCAGCUCGAAGAGGAGAUGGAGGCCAAAAGGAACGUGGAGAGACACGUGUCCACUCUCAACAUUCAGGUCAGAUUUGCUGAAUUGUUGUGGUUCUUUUUUUGUUUUGUUUUCAAGAAGUAUUUUACCCCCUCUGGGACUAUUAAAGGAACAUCUUAUCUUACCUUAUCUUAUGAAAAGUCUUUUUUCUGCCAACAGUUGUCAGAUUCAAAGAAGAAGCUCGAGGAAAUGGCCGGAAAUAUCGAGCUCCUGGAAGAAGGCAAGAAACGUUUACAGAGAGAUCUAGAGGCAGCGAAUACACAGUUUGAGGAAAAAGCCUCUGCAUUCGAUAAGCUGGAGAAGACCAAAAACCGUCUACAGCAGGAGCUCGAGGACACAUUGAUGGACCUGGACAACCAGAGACAGAUUGUGUCAAACCUGGAGAAGAAGCAGAAGAAGUUUGACCAGGUCAGUCCAAAAUUUUCAAGCCAGCAAAAAAAAUAACGCAUAAGUAUAAUCUGCACUUUGCCCUGGGAGUACACCUGUCCUCUCUGAUCUACAGAUGCUGGCCGAGGAGAAGAGUAUCUCCAGUAAAUAUGCAGAUGAGAGAGACCGGGCUGAAGCCGAGGCUAGAGAGAAGGAGACCAAGGCUCUGUCUCUGGCACGAGCUCUGGAGGAGGCCCAGGACUCCAGAGAGGAGCUGGAGAGAGCCAACAAAGCCCUGAGGACUGAGAUGGAGGAUCUGAUCAGCUCCAAGGAUGAUGUUGGAAAAAAUGUGAGAAAUCUUCCUGUGACACUUGGGCAAACGACUCCAUGGUUUAUUGGUGUUCUUUAAUACUGUGGAGAUGAAAAUAUGGUGUCAUUUAUUGGUGGCAGGUCCACGAGUUGGAGAAGUCCAAGCGAGGCCUGGAGGCUCAAGUGGAGGAGAUGAAGACCCAACUGGAGGAGCUUGAGGACGAGCUGCAGGCAGCUGAGGACGCCAAGUUGCGUCUGGAGGUCAACAUGCAAGCUCUGAAGGCCCAGUUUGAGAGGGACCUCCAGGGACGAGAUGAGAUGGGAGAGGAGAAGAAGAGACAGCUCGUCAAGCAGGUACGAAAAUGAUCAGAUUCAGUCCUUCGAUUAAAAACUGGAAAUCUGCUCCAACAUCAGAGAACGUCACAUGAGCAACAAUAACAUUGACUGACUGCAGGUUCGAGAGCUGGAGACCGAGUUGGAGGAUGAACGUAAGCAGAGGGCCCAAGCAGUAGCAGCUAAGAAGAAGUUGGAGACAGACAUGAAAGACCUGGAGGGACAAAUCGAGACGGCUAGUAAGGGACGAGAUGAGGCCAUCAAACAACUCCGCAAGCUUCAGGUAAGAGCGAAAGAGGAGUGGGUAAAAUCAUAGACUGAGGGGCUGCGGAGAGGGGGCCCCAGUGGAGUGAAUGAAACAGUUGGUUUAAAGUAUUUAAUUAAAAAAAAUAAUAAGACAAAAAAUCAUUUAAAAAAAGCAGAGCUUGUGUAAAAAUUAUUGUGGAAAUGAACUCAUGCGUUAGCAAAUAAAUAUGCUAAUUGAAAGAGGCGGGAUCAGCACCUUGGAGAGCUCCACAGCACCAUGGUACGCACUUAAAAUCACAGGUUAGGAUUUUGUCUUUGAACAAUAUUUGGAAUCACAAGGAUGUAUUUGUUUUGUGUUAUUUCCACCUGUAGGCUGUCAGCAAACAGUUUCUAUGCCCAUGUGACAAAGCUCUCAGAACUUUAAUUGGGGUGUACUUAUUUUUGUAUCUUGAUUUUGAAUUGAAAAAAAUACUUUUUUGUAUGCAACUUAAAAAAUCUUGUUUGCAAUCAAUGGCCUACAUUUAGGGAAGUAUCUUGUUGUAUACGGACAUAGAAAAUGUUGAUUUUGAAAGGAAACUAAAGGUUUUCUAACAACUCUGAAAGGGUGUACUCAUUUAUGCUCAGCACUGAAGAUGAACUGGAAACCCUCAAACAUCAUGUUUACAUUGACAUCCUGAUAGUGGUCGUCUCUUUCCUGUCACUAUCCUAUUUCCUCUACCCACUCCUGAUUUUUCUCAUCCUCCCACCAGGGCCAGAUGAAGGACUACCAGAGGGAGCUGGAAGAUGCUCGUGCUGCCAGAGAAGAAGUGCUGGCUACUGCGAAGGAGAGUGAGAAGAAGGCCAAGAGUCUGGAGGCUGAGCUCAUGCAGCUGCAGGAGGUAACAUAUUUAAUCUCUAACUUGAUUCACAGUGAAGAUUUGGGAUAACAAGAUAAUCCCUGAUGUGUUUCCAGGAUCUGGCUGCAGCUGAGAGAGCGCGUAAGCAGGCAGAGGCGGAGAGAGACGAGCUGUCUGAUGAGCUGGCCAGCAACUCCUCUGGAAAGUAGGUGAUGAGUCUACUCCUCUUUCACCUGUUUACAAAAUGGAGGUUUCAGCUGUUUCCUCUUGCUUGUAGGUCAGCCUUAUCGGAGGAGAAACGCCGUCUGGAAGCCAAGAUUUCCCAGCUGGAGGAGGAGCUGGAGGAAGAGCAGAGUAACAUGGAGAUCCUCAAUGACAGGCUGAGGAAGAGUUCACAGCAGGUGACCGAACCGUAACAAUUCCUUUAUUUACCGCCGAAACCAAAGAUCACAGAGGUCUCACCCCUGCCUGCACAUAUGUUCCUCCCUCAGGUGGAUCAGCUGAACAACGAGCUGCAGACAGAGCGCUCCACCUCCCAGAAGAACGAGAGCGCUCGGCAGCAGAUGGAGCGCCAGAACAAGGAGCUGAAAGCCAAGCUCCACGAGAUGGAGAACCAGGUGAAGUCCAAGUUCAAGUCCUCCAUCUCUGCCUUGGAGGCGAAAGUGGCACAGCUGGAGGAGCAGCUGGAGCAGGAGAACAGGUCUGCAUACACAGAAACACCCUCUGCUAAAUAAGGUCGGGUGUAUUUGUAUGAUCCCUGAACCCUCUGUUUUUUUCCUCCAGAGAGAAGCAGGCAGCUGCCAAGGGUAUUCGCCAGAAGGACAAGAAGCUGAAGGACCUGAUGAUGCAGGUGGAGGACGAGAGAAAGCAGGCAGAGCAGUACAAAGACCAGGUGAAUGAUUAUGUACUUUUUACAGUUACCAUGGUGAUUUCCCAGGUCAGAGGAGAGUCAGCUUUGUGAUUUAACCAACCUGGAUUACCUUUUGAUAAGUUCAUGGUUUUCCCGUCAGGCGGACAAAUCGAACACCCGCAUGAAGCAGCUCAAGAGGCAGCUGGAGGAGUCAGAGGAGGAGUCUCAGCGCGCCUCGGCCGCCCGCAGGAAGCUGCAGCGGGAGCUGGAUGAAGCCACCGAGGCCAACGACGCCAUGAGCCGAGAGGUCAACUCUCUGAAGAGCAAACUCAGGUGGGGAAAAGUGUCUUUUGUCUUAGUUUGUUUGUCUUACUCACCUUUUGCUGUGUGCUACAACUCGACACGAAGGCCCGAUCCCAAUCUGACCCCUACACACUUACUUGCCCUUCACGACCGAAGUUGAAAUGGGAUGAUAUGAACAAAACGAGUGGGUAUGGGAUGCCCUCCUUGCUCAACCAGAAAACGGAAAGAUUAAUCGCCAUAGCAACAUAAAGACACGUCCUUUGCAUGGCAGCAUUUCUUUUGAAAGUAAACAGGCAUCAUGUACAGUUCUGAGUUACAGUUCUUGCUCGACGGAGCAAAUACGGAACACGCUCAAUACAGAUCCUGUAUGUUUUUGGCUUCAGACUCACUAUUUGAGGGCUGAACGGUCUGAGUGGGGAGGCGUAAACAGAGGGGGAGUGUGUAGGGGCCGGUUUGGGAUUGGGCCAAAGACUGCUAUAUGAAUGUUACCAGAAACGUCUGGGAGAUUUCUGUGAUGAGUAAAAUAAACAAGAGGUUUACAGCUCUCUGAAGAUGAUUCAUGUCACAUUUUGGCUACUUUCCCGUUAUUAAAACAGUCCUCUUUAAAGGAUUGUAAGCCUCUUAUCUUCAGCAUUAAGUUGGCCUUACUGAGCACAAGCAAAACAAUGGUGUCCAUCUCUAUUCCAGAGGCAAUCCUGAACCCAAGGAGUAACACAGCAGGUACCUCUGCGCCUAAAAGUUACCCAUCACCAUUUCCUAUUAACCUACCAUGACUUUGCACUUCCUUGUGCACUCUCUUGCUGCUAUAGUUUUUUCUUCAAUGGCCUAACUGAGAGAAAUACUGCUAAUCAACGAAAAAUUGAGAAACCACAAAUAUGUCAAGAGUCAAGUUUUCAUGAAUCCUGUUUAAACUGGUGGCUGUAUUUUUCUCAGUGCUUGGUUUAACUGCAGUAAACCAAACUCAUUCUCCUGAGCCAGGAGUCAGAUGAGUUCAACGAUAACCAGCGUGCUUUACCUGCAAUCAAAGCACAACCAAUUCUCUUUCAUAAACACCUGAGUGGUUUUCAGAGAAAUAAAACAAACUUAACCUUCUCAGAAACCGCUACAAAACCACUCCUCUCACUUUGUGAACUCUGUCUCCGUGUUUGUGUCUCCCCUGCGUCCGUCAUUGUGGCAUUUCAGGCGCGGGAAUGAGCCCUCCUUCAGCAGCGCACCUCGCCGUAUGGGCGGAGGCAGACGGGUGGUUGAGGAUGCCUCGGAGGAGGAGGUGGACUCCCAGGGCGACUUCAACGGAACAAAGUCUGCUGAGUAGAGGAUCUCACACAAACAAAUAUCAGAUUAGCUUUUGAGUACAAGGACUCCCAUUUCUAAAAAAAAUAAAUCACUCUGAGGCCUGUUUUACUAUCUAGCCCUUCCAUAAUUCUCCAACAUAUAAAGUCCCUCAUUUCCAAUAGUAUACUGAUCUGUCUCUUUGACUUGGAGCACUUUUUCUCUGCACAAAAAUAAUCAGGACUAUCAAUCAGGAGUUGUUUGUUGGCUGUUUGUGUACGAUUUGCUAUUACACGUACAUUUUCUACCACUUACACUGUUUUGUACUGCACUGAAUGACUGAUCCUGUCUUAUGCAAGGUUUUGUACACAACUUAAGGCGCCUCUAAUUACCAUGCUACCUGCCAGCAAAAGCCUGAUGUCUCUGAAGUCACAUAAGAAGUUAAAGCAGAGCCGACAUGUGGAUCUGUAACUCGGUGACUGUUGUUCUGUUGCCUGUGACUGCUGUUAGUGUUUGGAGCGGCACUGAAGUUUCUCAACAGAUUUUAAGUGUAGAAAGAUAGUCAGUGCUGCCGUUUGUACCCCGUGCAUCGAAUAUUUAGCUUUCAAACAAUUUCUUGCCACCACUUUAUGUUAUUUGCACUUUUUUCAUGCUCAGAUGGUUUUUAUAACUUUGAAUCAAGCCAGUUAACCAAAAGAUAACCCAGUGAUAAAUCCACAAGCCACUAUAACUAUAGAGCACUUAGCAGCAUCCCCUCCCCACUUUGUCCAGAUUAACUGUACAUGUUGGAAAGUACCCCAAACACCCUAAGAAGCCAAAACAUCCUUAAUUGAUCAAGUUAUUAAUGUAAUCAGCUGAUGUUUACAUGACACAACUUCUAUUAUUUUUGAACCACCUGCACAACAAAUAAAGAUGUCAAAAAUAUGUAUACAUUCUCCUUUAAUUGUUUGUCUUGGUCAGUAACUUUGAAGAUCAAACUGGAAUCAUCAAAACACAACAUUACCACCUAUUAAAGGGAUAUUUCGGCGUAAAUUUAAGUGAUGGUCAAACAUGCUGUAAUACUGAGUUAGACACCCUCUUGAGAGAUGAAUGUUGCCGACUGCUUGCUUCUCUAGUUAUACCAACUUAAGUAAUGAUUGCACUAUAGCAAUACACAGUCUGAGGAGCCAUAAACAAACCUCAACCAAAACGCCACUCUAUAGCCACAAAUAAUGAUCAGAACAGCACCUAACUUCAUCAACAGUACAUAUAGGGUCUUAGCCAUAGUACUAGACAUCAAACGUUUUUUUAACUUUGCCAGAUUUCUUUAGCAGAGACUAAACGCAACUCACCCACUCUCCUCCAGCAGCCACUUGUUUGUGGGAAAGCCCUGAAAAGUCGAUCACCAAGUGCAGUGGAGUUUCACAGCUCAAGGAAGAGCAUUUAAGAGUGCAAGAUUAUUAUUAUGAUGAUAAUUACUUCAUGGAAAUGAUCCGCUGUACUCGGUGAUUGACUCGUCAGGAAAUGCAAUCACAGUUCUUGUGCAUCUCUUAUGUGCACUGCAGGCACAUUAGUUCUUCUGCCUUAGCGUCUCGGUCUGAUUGCAUUUCCAUGAAGAAAUAAUCAUAAAUUUUCCGCUGCACUUUGUGAUCGACUCAUUCGGGCCCCCCCCCCCAUAAGCAAGCCACUGCUGGAAGAGAGUGGGUGAGUUGUGUUUAGUCUCUGCUAAAGAAAUCUGGCAAAGUUAAAAAGAUGUUUGUUGGCUAGUACUAUGGCUGGGACCCUAUAUGUACUGUUGAUAAAGUUAGGUGCUGUUCUGAGCAUUAUUUGUGGCUAUAGAGUGGCGUUUUGGUUGAGGUUUGCAUGUGGAGACGUAGACUAUUGUGUAUUGCUAUCGUGCGGUCGUUACUAAAGUUGGUAUAACUGGAGAAGCAAGCGGUCGGCAACAUUCAUCUCUUGAGGGGUGUCUAACUCGGUGUAUACGGCAUGUUUGACCCAAACUUAAAUUUUCACCGGAAUAUCCCUUUAAGUCAACAGAAAACUGCUUAACAACUUGAGAAGAGUUCAGUACCUCAGGCACAUUCACUUUGAAGUCGAUUCACAGAAGCAAAGGUGCUGCAGACUUUGACCCAGUGCACAGUGGUCAUGGAUUAUAUUUCAGCUCAAUCUUGUUAAAAGGAGACGUCUCAUUCUGAUGCAAAAGUUAAUUCCUACAGUUCAGUUUACAGUGACGCCAGCUGUUACAGUGUAGUCACAUACGCUUAAUUAACUGCCGGACUGCAGUAGCAACAACAGUGAUAGAAGUGGAUCAACCAGAAACAUUUGAGGAGUCACUUUGAUGGACUCUUUUCACCCAUUCAAAAGUCUGUCACUAAAAGGCAGGACAGGGUAUUCAAUAAAGGCUCUAGUAUAUAUACCUACACAAAGACUACAUACUGUGCUCAGCUCUCAUAUAAUUCAUAAAAUCUAUUAUUGCUUGGUCUCUCUCUGUUCCUCCAUCACACCAACCUCCAUGGCAGUCCUACAUUUAUAUGGGAAUUGUUACUAUACAUUCAGUAGUGAACAAGAAAUAAACUAACAUCUAUAGUCAACUCAAACCUGUACAAAAGUUAUUAGUAACACAAGGUUAUGAAACUACAGGAUAACACAUUAUUUCAUCUCUGAGGCAGUACAUUUAUUCUAUUCCUAGAUUCAACAUUUAUAAGCCUUGCUGCUUAUGUACCAACACAAUGAAGUCUGUUAAAACAAGUGAUUAUGGCAGGACUGGGUCAAACUGAAAACUUCAGAUCAAGAGAAUGAAAGUCUGUACUCUUAGAAACUUCAAUUUUAUAACCUAUCACAGCAAAGCAAGGCCUACAAACCGCGGUAAGAGGUAAAAACAAUGACGAAGGAAGGCAGCAAUGGCUAUUCUCAUAUCGAUUCAUGGCAUCAUCUUAUUUGCUUUCAACUUUUUAAAGAAGCUAAAAAAAAGAAAAAUUGUUGAAACCGUCUUAACGGCCAAUACCUAACACACUCCCAGUGUUGUUUUGUGCAGCAUUAUUCAAGUCCAGUUUGAAAUAAAAAACAAAAAUAAACCUGCUAAUGAUAUUCAUAACUUUCAAAAAGUUCAAAAGAGAGCAAAAACCAAACCCACUGCUUUCAUAGUUGAUAAGUUUUCAUCUACCGAAGCUCAAGAAUAAUACAUAACCUAAAUCUCCAGGUUUUUGGUCCCUGUAUCAGCGCCACAUAAGGUGGCUGUUAUUCAAAGAACUGGUUUCCUAUUCGGUCCAUGUUUCAUGAUCAGUGGAUAUUGCAGAUACCAACUUAAAUGUGUUUUGUGGGAAGAGCCGUGUUUAUCCACCAUCCACCACAACAAGCACACAGCGAGAAACAAAAGUUGGAUAAUACUUUCUGAGAAGUUACCCAUCACAGUGUAACAGAUACAGCAGAAGUCCAUGUGUGCAGUAGGUCGUUCGUUUCUUGACUUUUACAGAGGCUGUGGCGGUGCGUGUUACCAUAGAUGCGGUUUAAUAUUAGCCCGAGGCAGUAGAAGUCCAAAUGCUGAUUAUGUGGGGCGUGGAGCAAGCAUUGUGGCUUUCUUGUUCAAAUUCACUGGGACAUGUGGUGACACAGGGAGAAAGCUCAUGUUUGAAAUCCUAUUGCUGUAGUUUAUUAUGGAGGGAGAGGGGACAGAGAGUUGGAGUCACAUCGGCUUUCUGCGUCCCCCCCUCAUAGCAAAAUUUUAACUCCUCCCUGAGGAGACUGGGCACCCUGAGAGACUCCUCUGGGAGGCGCUGGUCCAAACUCCAACCGCUUCACUAAACUGGGAGACAAGAGAGAGCAAAUUUAAUCAUGAAGCACAAGAUACAACAUUCAAAAUCCCCACUUUUUGAUAGCCUUACUUUGCAUUUUGAAAUAAAUAUUUUUUUUAUUUGUUAACUUGGUAUUUUUCCUGCAUUCAUGUGGUUUCUGACAUGUUGGCAAAACAGGUUUCACAGUUGGAAACCGCAUGUGAACGCCCGCUCAAGUCGGAACAACAACUUGAAAACUGAGGAAUGAACUUGGUGCCUGACUUGUUGACUUGACAUCAUAUUCGAAGGAAACAAUGUUUUGUUCAUGUCAAGACACAGAAAGUUUUUGACAGAAAGAACAUCAACAACCACAGACUCAGGUAGAAAUCAGAAAAAAAAAAAGAUUCCUUUACAGCUCUGCAAGUUUCCACACAGAGUGGAAAGAGUAAAGGAACCGCAGGUUGUGUGACUCACCUGUCAUACUGAGGACUUGUGGCUUGGAGCUCAGAGCUUCCAUCUAAACCAGACAGACUCCCUGGGGCGGCUGUGAGUGCAGGUCUGCUGACUGAAGUGUCGUACACAAAGUCUCUACAGGAUGCCAGUUUUGACUCGAGAUUCUAACAGGUAAAAAAAGAGUCAGGUCAUAUAUAAGUGUCUGAAUGUGUAGUAAGAAUUGUGAACUGUAAAAGUAAAAGUUUCAACUCCCUUACUCCAACUUUCCUGAGCAGCUCCCCAACAAUGUUCAGUGCAGAUAUUCUGGCAGAUGUAGUGAGUGGAGUCCCAGUUAGUCCAUCACCUAAAAGAAUAAAAUAUCAGCAGUGAAUCACUCAGUUUGCUGAUACACAGGGCUACUUUCAUUGUAGCAGAGGCUUUUCUAUUUACCUCGUCUGAUACUGGAAGCGGGAGGCGUGGCAAAUGAGCUGAUAGGUUUUGAAGGUGUUGCGGGAAUGGAUGGGUUGGCAGCUGAGGGGCACGGUAGGUCUGAGCGAUCUGUGUCUUUGCCCAAGCUGCUGGAAGGUCGUCUCUCUUUCUGACGAACAGCCAGUUCCUGGCGAAGGUCUGACACAUAAAAAAAGACAGAGGACGUACGACAGAUGAGCUUUUCAUAAAUGACAGAUUCAAGUGCCUCGUCUCCAAAGAACAAAGACAUUUUUCUAUAUGGCAUUACAGAUACGGGAUUGCGGGGAUAUGAAACAACUGUAAAAAGCACAUUAGUGUUGUUUGUGAACACGCCAAGAUGAACGCACUAAUAUUUUGGUGAAUGGUAAGCUGAGUCGCUCAUUUUUUAACUCGUGAAUGAGAGCGUGAGCAUAGUUCUCCCUGGAGUCAGUGAAAGACGACUAACAUUCAGAGGUGUUGAGAGCUGCAUGAAGUUACCAUUAUAGCAGCCACAGUAUCUGGCGCUACUCCCUGCUAUCAGCUACUUCAAACAUUUUGAGUAGUUUUAUGAACAAAUCAGGACUGUUGACACUGAACGAGAGUGUUUGGUUCAAAAGUUGAAACCUUUAGUUACAUUUUCUUCCACCAAAUAUUAGUUUUUUCUAAGUUGACAAAACUGCAGAUGUUUCCCAUGUUCACUUAGCAAAUCAAACUAAAAUGCAAUUUUCUUGUUUUGUUUUUUUUUUUAACCCCAGAGUUCAUCUAUUAAAAUGUGCAGUUGAGUUUGACAAAACUUUGUCAGUGGUUCACUUUUAGUGUGAACAUGCACAACACUGAAGCUCAGAAUGUAAGCACUGUGUUGGUUGGGUUCAUAAGUUAAACUGAGAUGUAGCCAGAACUGAAAGCUUUAAUUACAAACAACACAAAAGAUCACCACCACCACCCAAAAAAAGGAUGAUGACAAACAUUAAGCAGAUUUAUGUCGUUGCACUUGUAUGAAUCUGUUCUACCUUAAAGAGCCACUUAUAACAGAAAUCCACAAUCAUUGCAAACUUGACAAGCUAUGAUCAGAAGUUGUUUACCUCUAGCUUCAUCCUUGAGCCUCUGUACAGACUCCAGCAGGUUCUCCUUCUCAUCCAACUCGCUCUCCAGAAAGGCAUUCCUCUCAAUGACAUGAUUCAUUCGCUGCUCAAAGUCCUCAAGUGACAUGAUGGUAGCCCUGGGAUAAGAGGAGCAUUGGUUGGUCCAAGUUUUUACUCUGAAUAUCACCUCUCUUUUUUAUAGUAAACCUAUGUGUGUACACGCACUUACGUCUGAGAAAAUUAGUUACCUCGUCAUUGGAUGUCAAUGAGAUAAUUACAUAAGACCUCUUAGACACUGACCUCUUGGUCCUCUCCAGGUCAUCAUUGGAUUGCUCGAGCUCCCUGAUGUAUUUCUGCAGGUGAUCUCUCACUGCUUUGGUUUGUGCCAGAUCUUCCUCCAGGGUUGAUAUGUGUCUAAAAGCAUCAGUAUGCUGAGCCUCAAAUUUCUCCUAAAAAGGCACACAGACAUGGAUGUAAUGACACUGCAGAGAUGAAUUUUCAUGACCCAAAAAGCCCCCUUAAGUUAUUUUUCAUUCCUCAAGCAACCAGAGGGUUAAUAGCACAAUCAUGCAUUCACUACUUCUAUUGCUGUUCCUUUCUCCAUGGACUGUUGGACAAAAAUAGCAGUCAGCUGCCUUAUAGCUGGGCGGCAGUUUUCCUUGUGGCUGUAAUGAUUCGGGGGGGUUGAUAAAAGGUGGUUUGUUUGAGCCUGCAUGUCUCUAUUUCUACUCCCAUCAGAAGGAAUAGUAACAUUUUCCAAAUUUAACUGGGUCAAAAGAGCUCGUCAUGCCCUGUAGGGACAGGGGGCCUAUUUAUAUUCAAGGUGCUCUCUACCUUGAUGUUCUCCAGCUCCACGCGGAGUCUGUUGUUGUCCAGAACCAGCUCCUUGUUUCGACUAUCACACUGCUUUAACUCGAUCUCCAGCUCUGCUUCAUAGUCUCGACUCAUCUGCUGGAACUCCUGCAGCUCCUCCUGAGCCUCCUCGGCUCUGAUGAAAAAGAGGUUAUCAUACUGAUGACAGGAAUCUCUUAGGUUGUGUCAAACCCCUGUUGUUGUUGUUGUUAUGAAGCUGAAUGUGAGUGUGGUGGUGUUACCUCUGAUGAUGGCGCUGUGCCUGGUCCUUCCAGAAGCCCAGCUCCUCCUCUAACGAUGCAAACUUGUGUGUUGGCUCUACCAUAUUUGCUUGUUAUGAUAUAGUAGGGUUCACCUGUUAAAUCCACACAGUACACCUAUUAAACCCGUCUUUAAGUGAAGCCAAAAUCACCAUUCAAAACACCCAAACUACCACUGUCUCUAAACACUAGCUAGGUCAGUUAGCUCCAGUCUACAGCCUAUUUCUCAAAACUGAGAUAGGUCAGAACUACAUAAAACAGGUCGUUUGACUUAUUUAAUCAAACACGAGAAGAUACGAAUGAUAUUUCAGCGCAUUCGCUACUUUUUAAGCGGUCUGUUUCCAAACACUAAGCUUUUUAGCUAGGCUAACACAGCUAGCUCGAUGAAGGAUUUGGUCCGAAUUUAUAAAACCGUUCCGAAGAAAGAAGCUAAACAGACUCACCUGCACAGAAAUAAGAGGUUAAAACAUUCUACUGCUGGGUGGUUGUGUUCAAAGUAAGAAAGACAAAAUAGCACGGCUUUGUACAACAACAGACGUCUUGAAACUGUACAAACUAAUCUCUCAUUACGUUAGUGAAAGAAGACGGGGGUCGACCCACCAAUCAAAUCCAAACGAACACUCGUUUCUCGUUCACCAUUGGCCAAAGGUGGUGACGUAGAGAAAAUGUCAUCCAAUCACAUUACUCAAUCACAUUAGACCUACCGAAAGGGGGCAUUGACGCUGCACUCAAAUCAACCAAUGAACUGAGGCGACUGUGUCCCCCAUGUAUUCAGGACCACCUGCUGGAGAAGAAAAAAAACUGCUUAUCUUACUUUUACUCUUUUAAUGAGAUGUUCUCUUGUUUUUUUUUUAACCAAUAAACUGUUUUUAUAUUCCUUUACUGUGAAAUUUCUUUAGCCCUUUGAGGUCGCUUAAUGUAAAGGGCACUACAAAUAAAAUGUAUUUUAUUAUUUUAUUAUUAUUAUUACCACCACUCAAAAUUCUGGGUCCUGUCUAUAGACUGUAUAUAAAAACAUAGUAAAAUAUAUACAUAUUAUAUACAGUCUAUGGUCUACAGUCACCUCAGCAAGUUUGUUAUCAACAAAUUAAAGUAGACUAUUGUGUUUCUAAACACAUCUAAAGACCUACCUUUUUGGUCUGGCAGUCUUUUAAACUGCAUUAUGUGAUUUGAAGCUAUUUUAGUCCUAGAGUAAUUAUUUUGUGUUUUAUUACCUUUUUUUAAAUUUACUUUCUUUUAUUUUUUGAUUGUAAGACUUUUAUUUAAUAAAAUUUUUAUCACCUUUAUUAUACUUUAUCGUGGUUUUAAUGUUUUAGUCCGAGAUCCAGUGUUUCCUCAUCUUUCUAAACUCACGAUAGCGUUUCCUCAGUCAUCUGUGGCUAGUUGAAGUGUCCUGGUCUUUUGUGUGUGCAUCUGUGUGUGUGAGCAUGUGAGUGCUGUAUGUGUUGAAUGGGGGUUGGAAGGGUGGGUGGGGUUCGGUAUUUGUAUGUUUAUUUAUUUUAUUCCAUUGUUUUUUAAUAUCCUGUGUGAAUGAACAGCACUUUGUGUUACAUUCCAUGUAUAAAAGUGCUUUAAAAAUAAAGUUUGAUUGAUUGAUUGAUUAAUCCACACUUCUGUUAACUUACUUUCAAACCUGAGAUUUAUGGCCGGUCAUCCAAUCUGACAUUAAACUGUACUGUCUGCCACAAGCAAAAAAUAGAACACUAUAAUUCAUUACUUUGAUAGUUAAAUAUUGAUUGUCAAAUAAGAACACUUAUCACAGAGAAAUUGCUUGUUAGAACUUUCUUUAAUUAUCAGUCGAGGAAAAAAUGGCAGUUAGUAUUGUUCCCAUAAUAUUUGGUCAUCUGUUACAGAACAUGCAUACGUCAUAAAUCCAUCAGUUCAAACUUACGUUCACUAACACAAGUACUAAACCAUUGUCUCAUGUACCAUUUACCCUCAAACAAUCCCAUCAUUCCAUAGAGACCGAUCUGUUCCAGGAGUUCAAACUCUGCCCCACAAUCCCUGCCUGCCUCAUCCUCACUUUAGGACACCCUUGAUCAAUCACAACGGC